ACAGCGACGGUUCGGUAUCGCAGAAAACGACGACAAAUAAAUUUGAAAUCUAAGCUAACUAGAAAAAGUUGGCGAACGUGGAAUGAAUGAAAAACGGAUAAAAUAUUAUUGGAUUGGCAGAAAGAGCUUUUACGUAAAUGAAAAGCAAAGCGCAAGUAACUGAAACAGCAACAAAUGUGAAAAUCAGAGCGUGAACUGGUCAGUCUUCCACUCCACUUACAUACAUACAUACAUAGAUGUGUAUGGAUAAUAAUAUCUCGCUGAACACACGCAUACACUUAUGUACAGACAGUAGCAGCGCCAACGUUCAACUAAAUAAAUGCAAUUCGCGUGUAGCGUAAAUUAUUAUUAUGAUAAUAAAUUAAACUUGCCAUUAAUUUAGAAGCAAACGAACGUACUCUUAGCAGACUACGAUUGUAGCAUAAAAGAGAGCAAUAAUAGAAGCAAAAAACCCAUAUACACGAACAGGAAAUAACACAACAGCAGAAGUAGUAACUGAAGAAAAAGUAGCAAACGCACAGCGCAUACCAAAUCAACGCAUUGUAGCAUGCAACAUUCGCACUGAAUUGUGAAAAAAUUGAAAAAAUAUAUAAUUAUAAUAAAAUGGAAGUAGCCACAACAAAUAAUCAUCAUCAUCACAAUCAUCAUAAUCCGCAUCUUCAUAGUCAUCAUCAAUUGGUACAUCCAGCGCAUCGCAUACCAAUGGCUAUGGCUAGGCAACAGCAACCAAAUCUGCACCUCAGCGUAAUCAGCGCAACGGCAGACGCAACAGAUGCUGGCGGCAAUGGUGCGAUUGGCGAUGGUUCGCCGCGUUCACCUUUCCAACGUGAGGUGCGUGAAUGGCAACGCAUCGAUCCAGAUACAGGCGCUUUGUUGAGCGGUCGUUUAGAGGCCGAUCGCUGGAUAAAUGGGCCGUUGAAUAGUUACGGAAAGAUAUCCGAUUCCCAAAAUAUCUCACAGCCGAACGGCACCCAACACACACAGCGCAAACAACUCGAAGUGUUGCAGACGCGCACCGCCAAUGGUGCCGUUAAAGUCAUACGCGCUCAAACCGUACAAACUUCCUCAUCCCGCUCAUGGUCCUCGUCCAAUUCCAAUUCCGCUUCAACAUCUGCCUCAGCUUCCGCCUCAGCAUCGCCCAUUUGCAUGGCAAGUAAUAGUGUGGGCGGCGGUGGCGGUGUCGGGCGUAGCAUCUUGCACAAUCACAACAACCACCACCACAACCACCACAACAACAAUAACAGUGGCAUGAGCAAUAACAAUCAUUUUCAUAGCACAUUGCAACAGCAUUUAGCUGAAGCAAAUACUCAUUGGUUGCAGCUAUCACCGCCAACCAUCGCCACAACUGUGGACAUCAGCGAAGUAAGCACUGAUGAUGAUCUCGAAAAAGCAGCAGCUGCAACUGCCUCGGCCACCACCGCUAUGGCUGAGACAACAACGCCAUACAUUGUUGACGAUGGCGAGACAGAUGAUGGCGCUGGUGCUGGCGCUGGCGAUGACGGUGUACCAUGCAAUUAUUCAAUUUGUCGUAGUGGCAGUGGUGGCAGUGGUGGCAGUAGCGGCGGCAGCAAAGGUCAGGCGAUAAGCAAUGCGAUUGUGCUGCCUCUAUCGUCAUCGUCGUCGACGUCAACAUUGCAUUCGCAGUCGUCGUCAGUGCGGUUGUUGCCAGAUACGGCGCCAAGUUUGAAAUUGAGUAAUCUCAUGAAAAGCAGCAGCGGCGGCAGCAACAGCAGCAGCAAUAAUUCCACCAACACCACCAACACAACAACAGCGAACACCCACAAGAGCGCUGUCGGUAAGGUGAGCCUACAUGCAAUUGUUGGCAGUGGUGGCGGCGACAACAACAACAGCAACAAAAGUCGACAAGCCACAAGUAACGUAGCAAUAAAGUCACCAAAAAGCACAGCAACAGCAACACAAAGUUCGAAUGGCACUGUGACUGGUACAAAAACGUGGCAGCAGCAACGCAGCGCGCGUCAUUUGGAACAAGCUACUCUAUAUGGCCAAAACAGCAAUUCAACCAAAUCGCGCGUAGGCGUAGCUGAUUGUGAUGAUUGUUCUGCGGCCGGGGCUGAGGCUGAGGCUCUGACUGCUUUGCCUGACGACGCAGAUGAGUCGCGACGCCGUUACCACCACCACCACCACCACCAGCAACAACAACAACAACUACGAAACCUCCAUCAAACGAAUCAACAACCACAACAACAAAACCAACAAAUUGAACUGCUUGAACGGGCGACACCAACGCGUCGACGUGACUUGGAAAGUUUCCGGCAUUACGCGGGCUCGGCAGCCACUGCGCAGCUAGCGUCGGAGACAAUGUCGUCGUCGUCGAUGGAUGACAAUGCCAAAGACGAUGAUUUACGCUUAACCACGCGUCAGCUGCGUCGUCAGCAACAACCAUUUGGUCAGUCGGCCAGCUCUAACAACGCAUUGCUGCAGCGUUCGCAUUCCAUUUCCACGGAUGAUCUGAGCAACGAGUGGGAGUCGCACGAAGCUAUCGCCGAGUCCAAUGAAUGGCGUCGCGUUAGUAAGUUGCGACGCUCCUUUCAGUCAUCUUCCUCAGGAAAUAAUAGCUCCAGCACCAGCAUCGAUCAGCAAGCGCAAUCAGCGUCGAGCACACCGCGUCGCCUGUUCGAUCUACCUGCCAGUUCGGUGAGUGUGUCACGCAUACGCGCCGAACUGGAGAGUGGACGUCGCUUGACCACCGCUAUGCGCAACAAUCACGUGGAUCUAGCAGCACUCGAGAGUAUAUUACACGGCCCCAAAGACGCGACUACAACCGCGCCUAACAGCAAGCAUAAUGCGCUACUAACCGCCGAGUCGUUGAAAGAGAUACGCGGUCGCCUCAAGAAAUUAUCGGAUGAGUCGUUAUAUAAGGACGACUUUAUUGCAUAUCAGCAACCGCCCGAAGCAGACGAACACAUUGAAGUGCAGCAGAGCGUGCGCCGCAAAUUGUCCACACCACGCCUGCCACAACUAACGCCCGAAGAGUCACCAGAGAUCUCGACACCGCCACACCUUCAACAGCACCAGUCUGCCUUCAGGGCAGUCGGCACACAGCGUAUUUCACCAGAUAGCGAACCUUUAGCACAGCGCGAUUCGCCUACAAAUCCGAAGCACAACUCACAUAGUCUGGAGUCACGCCAGAAAGUUAAGGAUACCAACUCAACGGAGUGGCACUCGCGUCGCAAAUCGUAUGGUUUUGAGCAGAUGUCACCGCCCGAAAAUAAAUCCAUAUUUCGCAUGGACGCUUCCACGGACAGCGGACUGGGUCGCUCAGGCGAGCUCAGUAACUGGUCGCCAACGGAAUCAGCAGCUGCCGCCAGCACCGCUGCCGCUGCCGCCGCACGCGCUACAGUCAUACACUUUGGCGAGCCAGCCAAAACAGUCACGCAGGCGCAUUUUCGUGCAGGUAAAUCACCUGCGCGCCAUACACCCGACGAAGACUUACACAAGCGGCACUCAAUCGCGGUGGAUGAGAGUCAGUAUGUGCGUGAUAAUUUACGUAAAACCUCGCAAGUGCACCUAAAUGGUUUCUACGACACGGCUGAGUUGGGCAGCAAGCCCAACAUGCAAUUGAGUCGAUAUGACAGCAAUCCAGAGGGCAGUCAAGGUUGCAACUCUACGCUCUUCCAGCGCGCACAGAAUGCGCAAAAACGUGUAGAAUUUUGUAAAACUGAAGUGCAUUUCGCAGCCGAAUCGGGACGUGUUAAUAUUGUCGAAACAGAUGGCAAACCGCCGCCAACGAAUAAUUUCCGUCGGCGACGCCGCACCACCAGCGGUCCACUGCAAAGUCUCACCAAUUCAUCGGCAAGCACAGCUGUGACAACAACAACCGCAGCAACAGCAAGCGGUAACGUUACACAUUUCGGUGAUGAUCGUCAACGUCAUCGCACUAUCGCCAGUUCGUUGGUUGCUUACAAAGCCACCCUAAUGGAACCACCCGAUGUUGUGGAAGCGCCAGUAUUGUUGCCAGCAACAACUGGUGUUACUGUUUCGGUGCAAAAAUUGACUGCGUGCAGCGAUUCGUAUGCGGAAGGCACGCAUGCUAGCUACGCCUCGACGACAAGUGGUAUCGACACAACGGACAAUGAAAAUGACGAAAUCGCCGGCAUACGCGGCAUACUAAAAAAUAAGCCAGUGAAACCGAAGCCUUACCAUUUGGGUGAGAACAUCGAUAGCGCGGAUGCGCUGUGGGGCGUGCAGCUGAAACCAGUAGCUGGCGGUGGCGGCAGUAGUGCCAUAAGCGAUGGACGUGAUAAAGAUGACUCACCAACAGCUGUCUUGAAUAAAUCCGUUGCAGAGCGUGUGCGCAUUGCGGAGAAACGUCGUGAGCAUUCCACACAAAAUGGUUAUUCCACGAAAAUCAAUCUGAGCUUAGACGAAGCAGCAGCCACUGGCACACGCGAUUGGCCAAGCACAGGUACUCCCAAGCUAACGCCAAUCACUACUGACAGCAUACCCAAUCCCAAUGUCACAAAUCGACGUCCCAGCGCACAAGAGCUAAUACUACAAGAUCUGCGUGAACAUCAACGCAUGCUGGAUGAGGGACUCAAGUCCACUUCGCUGAUCAUCAAAACUAUGCGUUCUGCAAACGAGUUCGACGAAGCUAUGCGUCGGCUCAGUAUAGUUUCACUAGAAUCAGCUAACAUAGCACCCAUUGUGGUACCCACACCUAUGUUACGCUCAAAUAGCUAUCAGGAAACUAAGCGUCGUUAUUCGAAUACUUCUCUGGAUAGCACAGAACGUGAGCUAACCACACAUACUGUUAUUAAUACAACUGCAACAACAACAACUAGCCGAAGACUUUCCUUUGAGAGUCAAAGUGCUUUUGUUACCCCCUUGAGUCUACCACCGGCACCACUUGUAGCGCCACGAUUGAAAUUACUUGGCAGUGCCGAGGUUUCUGUGAGUCAACAGCUAUCGCAACUGCGACGAAUGUAUGACAUUGCAGCGACACAGCGGCAACACGACGAGGACGGCAUUGAUAGUGCAGACGAAGAGGUGAAAAGCUAUUUUUGUGCGCAGGAAAUGGAACAAAGUGGCGAUAGCGGCGGUGGUACGCUGGAGAGUUCUUCACAAGAGGAUGAACGUGGUGUGGAAUACUCGAGCGGUAGUUGGAGUCGCAUGAAGGCCAAACGUACUAUUUGGAAGAUAGAGGCUGAAGAGCGGAAAGGCGAGCCGACAGUGUUGGAUAAAGCAGAUCUGCCCAAGUCCAAUAUCAUGAGCAUUGAACUGCAUUCGCCGCAUAUCUCGCUGGAAAAACGCGACUCUUUCAAGCGUAUGCAAUCGCCGCCAAGGGCCAAGCCAAGAACGACUACGAGUGCUGUAAACUCAACCGAGCAUCGCCAAAUUCAUAUAGCCACCACAGUCAAACAACCAAUCGAUCGCUGCAUGCCAACCGAAGAGCAGCGUGCAGCAUUGAAAAUCAUCAAGGAGGCGCGUGGUGCACGUAAAUUACGCGAACACGAGCUCUCCUACUUUGGCGUAGCGAACGCGCAUAAAGGCCACGAAGUUCACGAAACUAAAACGAAACUGCUACCGAGCAGCAAUACUAACGCAAUGAGUGCGUCAACAAGACGUACGCUACCGUCGCGUCAACGUUUGUCCUUAAGCGGUAACGAAGUCGAAUCGAAGCCAAUGCGACGACACGAAGCGAAUAAUGCAGAAACAACGACAGCAGCAGCAGCAACAGCAGCGGCAGCUGCAAUUGAAACAACAACAGAAACGAAAGCCACCAAGUGGCAAUUAUUGAAUGAUAAACCCGAUCUACUACGACAUAGUCCAAUAGCUGUUGAACCACAGCUCAUACGACGUACAGCGGAUAUACAGUCCCGAAUACGUACGAGUUCCGCAGAGCGCGGUAAACGUAUGUCCUUGCAAGAGUUGAGUUUAGAAGAUGAGCAUGUGGAUGAAGAUGAUUACGAUCAUGACAAUAAUGAUCACUACUAUGAAAAUAUAACAAAUGAAUUGACGCCUGUCUUCAAGGUGAAAUCACCACAACCGUAUGAUCGUAAAAUGGAUGUGGAACGUGAUGCAUUUAUAUUGAGCGAGAUGAAUGAAAAUGCCGAUCUAACUAUGAAGGCCCUUUCCGAUGAGGCUGCUCAUAAAGACCGGCGACGCCGUCGCUCCUCGCUGCAUAGACGCGAUUCCAAGCCACUCGAAACAAUCGAUGAAAAGAUGGUCACUCACAAGAACAACGACACAUGCAUUGCAGUCAAAAUAUCCCGUGGCACAUUUGCCUCCGAGGCUAAGCGUAACACACGUCAAUCCUCACCAACUGUACACGAUACACACACACGAGUACGCACCUCAUCACAAUCGUCGGUGGAAAGUUGUCCACGUGCACGCUCACGUUCACUCUCCAGCGAACGUGAAUACGAAAAUAUACGUACACCCAAACCAACGCGCAGCGCUACAACAACGUCCACGAAAACGCAAGCAAAAGUCACUGGAAAGCAACAGCAUCGUUCCAGCUCACGCGAAUCACAGCGCUCAGCGCGUUUGCAAUAUUCAUCGGGUGAUGAAGUGAAUGCGCGUGACGAACAACGUGUACGCGUGAAGAGUAAACGUAGCGGCGUCAGCUCAGCGAAUGCAUUGUCGAGUCGUAGUGGCGACAGACGUAGCAAAAAGGAUAGCACAAUAGAUCAUAAACAGCAACAGCAUCACUCCUCAAACAGUAGGGAUGGUGAACGACGUCGUGCGGCCAGCAGCACUACGCAUGCCUCUCAGCGAGAGGAACGCGCUGAGUGCGUGACUGUGCCGCAGCAACAGCAGCGUACCACAAGUAGUGGACGAAGCAGCAGUAGCAAACGCCGCGAAGAGCAUGUAACGAGCAGCCAUGCAGGUGUUGGUGUUGGCCAUUCGAGCUCACGUAGUGCCACUGAAAAGUCACGCAGUGUUAAUGCCGGUGUGCGGCUAUUACGUACGCUGCGCAGACGUACAGAUGCCGAUUGUGGCGUGCAUAGCACACAACAUCGCUUAUCCGGCCAUCGGCCGAACAGCGAGCGUGAAAGAAGCGAACGCGAGCACGAGCGAGAAAGAGUGCAUGAAAAAGAGAGGGAAAGGGAUAAACAGUCCAAGACGCGAGGUCACUCAACCAGCAAAACCCCGCACCACAGCAAAAAUAGUGAGCCACAACGUAUUAGCGGCACUACCACACACCAACUCCCCGCACUUAGCAGUUCAAUGACCCGCAGCAAAUCGCGCGAACGCAAAAAGUCUUCAGUGACGAAGCAACACGAAUCAGCCGCAACACCAACACAUAGUAAAAGCUCGCAAAUUAUAAGUGGACGACACAGUAGUGGACAACGCGAUGGCCAACCCAACAAGCAAAGUGAUCAUUCACGACGACAGCACGAAAGGUCUACUUCAGAGCAGAAAAAGCGUAGUGAGCAUAGUGCGAGCGCGCGAAAAUGAGACACAAACGUCGCGAGCGAAUGAAAAACAUCAUCUAAAGAAUAUCAAGUAUCAUUUUGCUUCAAGACUUGCCCGUACUUUGUAAUGAAUAUAAUUUAUUUGAGGUUAUGAUAAAUUUGGUAAUUAAAUACUGAAAAGAGUAUGGCGAAAGAGUUUUGCAAUAGCAUUUGAAAAUGCCAAAAUCAAAAAUAUGUAUCGAUAAAAGUAAAUAAUAAAUACUUUGUCAAUUUGUAUGAGGUUUUAGCUAACGAGAAAGAACACAUAUGUAUAUUUAUGUACAUACGUGUUUUCGAAUAUGAAAAAAGUGAAAAUUUGUCAACGACUUGACUCCAACUAAUUGCAAUGUUAACUAAGCAUACUAAGACUUAAUAUACAUACAUAUAAACAUACUUACUAUGUAAUACAUUUUCUUGCGAUAGAAAAUAGUUCCUUUUAUCUGCCACGUCAACAAAUGGUUUAUAAAUUGAAAUAUUUAAAAUAAAGUAAAAAAUUUUAUUGAUUUGCUCUAAAUAAAAUUUUAACAUAUGCACUUUCAACUUAACUUUAACUUACUGCAUACUAACAUUUUUUUGUUUAGUUUAUAAGUGAAAAAAACGAGUAUUAAAAAAUUUUUUACUUAUUAAAAUUUUUACUAAUUUUCACUAAAACAUUUUUUUUUGUGAUUAACUUCCGACAUACAACGAUACAAAGCACACAUUAAUUAAGUUAUUUGAUAUUCUAUAACCACAAAUGAUACUCAUAAUUUUUUGUCUUUCUAAAAAUUUUUUUUUACUAGUGAAUAAGUUUGAAUUCAUUUAAAAAUUGGUUUUAAUCACUUUUUUUUUGAUUUUUGAGUAAUUUAAUAAUUUUAAGCUUUGAAUUGUCUGUUUCGGUAAUUGAUAUACAUACAUACAUAUUUAAACAUUGUGAGCUCAUUGUAAUGCCAACAAUUUAUUUUAAAUUAUCAAUAAACUUUGA